AUGGCAGAUGUUGAACCCGAGGUUGCCGCACAAGGAGUGCCAAAGAAGAGAACGUUUAAGAAGUUUAGUUUCAGAGGUGUUGAUCUUGAUGCUCUCUUGGAUAUGUCCACUGAUGAACUCGUCAAGCUCUUCUCCGCUCGUGCCCGUAGAAGGUUUCAACGUGGUUUGACCCGCAAGCCUAUGGCACUAAUCAAGAAGCUCCGCAAGGCUAAACGUGAGGCCCCUGCUGGUGAGAAGCCUGAACCUGUAAGAACUCACCUCCGCAACAUGAUCAUUGUGCCUGAGAUGAUUGGUAGCAUAAUUGGUGUUUACAAUGGGAAGACGUUCAAUCAAGUUGAAAUUAAACCUGAAAUGAUUGGCCACUAUCUAGCUGAGUUCUCAAUCUCAUACAAGCCUGUUAAGCACGGUAGGCCCGGUAUUGGUGCUACUCACUCCUCCAGGUUUAUUCCUCUCAAGUGA